AUGUCUGAAAUAGUGGCCGGGAAGGAGAGGAUAUCACCUUCACGCUCUGCAGAGCUCGUUCCCACGCCUGAUGGUGUUGCUAUCAACUCGAAUUUGAGUGAAGGGUCAGGAUCUGCGGAUGGGGAAAGGACACGACGGGAAACCUGCGGGUCGAGUGAUAGCAGUGUAGAUCGAAUGGAGCGAACGAGCCGACAGGGAUUUCCACGUGAAGAACUCCCUCCUACGCCUUUGCAGAUUGUUGAGCAACAGGCCUCUCCUGUUGGGCCGGGCGGGCAAUCCUCAAGUCAUGAAAGCCUGCGCAGAAUACAAGAUUCCCCAUGCUCAGCUCCACCAGAAGAAAAUGGAAACGUCUAUAUUCCAACAGAGAGAGGAACAGUCACUCAAACAUCUAUCCUCGAUAAGGAGGCUCAUCCGACUGGAGAAAUGUUUUCGACGAUUGAAAAUUGCAUCAACGGAUGGAAAGCUGUCAAUCAAUCCGGGCAAUUAGAUGGACGUGAGUCUACUGCUUCGCACCCAUGGGACGAUAAGGUUGGCGAGGAAGCAAACGGUCAAGACACAGCCAAUAGGCCGGACUCAUCCUGGGCAUUCGUUGGAGAUGAGUGGCAGCACAAAUCACACGACUAA